AUGAAUCAACAGUCCCAACAGAAUUCAAGAGUAAUUUCAACUGCCGAUUUAUCCACGCCAUUGUCAGUCCACGGAUCGAAUUCUGUUCUGAUUAAUUCAGGAUUGUCUGCGAAUACUUCAAUGAUCGCUAGAAUGGCCCAUCAGAACAACAGUAAUAACAAUAACUAUGGUCAGUACUAUCUACGGUUCUUGCGACACCAUUCUACCAGAGCUAGCCCUGUGACAGUGCAUUGGCUCCUUCAGAACUACGAAACAGCUGAAGGUGUUAGUCUACCGAGGAGUCUUCUCUACUCGCAUUACCUCAAUCACUGCUUGGAUUAUUGGCUAGAACCGAUGAAUCCAGCUUCGUUUGGCAAACUCAUCCGAUCCGUCUUUGUUGGUCUUCGAACUCGUAGGCUUGGAACUCGGUAUGCGGUCGCUUCACUUUAUCAAUGCCAUUAA